CGCUCUCUCUCUCUCUCUCUCUCUCUCUCUCUCUCUCUCCCUCUCCCAGCUACUUUGGCAAAACCCUUGUCGAAAUACUAUUCCCUUCGAACCAUUUCGAUACAAAUACUCGUCGUUUAUUUGAUUUCAUUAUUUGAUUUCAUUAGCUUCUUCUCGUCAAUCCUCGCCAUGGCCUUCAGAAAGUCUUGCGUUGCCUCGCUGAUUCUGCUCUUGCUUUUGCUCCUCCAUGUUGUAGAAGCUCAGAAGACGAUGGAUAAAACUGGAGAGCCCGCUCCUUUCCAGCCCAUAGAUUGUGGAGCAGCUUGCGAAGCGAGGUGCAAGUUGUCGUCGAGGCCGAACCUGUGCAAGAGAGCGUGCGGGAGUUGCUGCGCCAAGUGCAACUGCGUGCCCCCCGGCACGGCUGGGAACCGAGAAACCUGUCCUUGCUACGCGAAUCUCACCACCCGCGACCUCAUUCCCAAAUGCCCUUGAAAAAAAAAAGAAAAUUCUAUUUGUUCUAUGAAUUCAUCAAAUUCUGAUGUUUCAUUUCUCUUGCUGCUUGCUAGCGAAAUUGUAUCGACUUCUCUGGUGGGGUUUCUUGUAAUGAUUUUUUAGUGUCAAUUUCAUCAAUAAAUUCAGCUAUGACAAAUGA